ACAACUUUCUUGAAAUUCAUUGAAAAUCUUGAACACCCUUUUUGUAAAUUAGUCCGAUUUUAUACGAAAUUCGAGUGAAGUCGAAAAAAAAAUGGUUAUCAAGAAUCAAGAUUCUUCUCCAACUUCAUCUCCGGUGAGGAUUACUGUUUCUUCAGCCGGCGGAUUUCGUAACAUGGGUUUAACUAGCCCGAUUCGUCGAUCAUCGAUAUCGAAUUCACCGCUUAGCGGUGGAAGACGGGUUUCAGGAGGUGGUGGUGGGAGGUAUCUUUCUGUAUCGAAAGAUGGGGUUGAAGACGAAUACGUGGCGUAUACGGUUCAUAUUCCGCCUACACCAGAUCAUCAAUUCAUGGCGAAUUCUCAAACAAGUCCAGAAUACCAAAAGAAUCAAGGAAACCCGAAUGAGAAUCGGAUUAAAGAUACGGUUUUUACUGGUGGGUUUAACUCAGAAACAAAAGCACAUGCUCGUAGAAUGAAAUCGGUUGAAGAAAUAACUGUUCCUAAGUCAAAAUCUUUGUGUCAAGUAGACGGGUGUGACGAGAAACUACUCGAAAAAUCCAAAAAGGCACAAUGUGAAUGUGGGUUUAACAUUUGUACAGAAUGUUAUAUUGAUUGUUGUUCAAAUGGUUCUGGGGUUUGUCCAGGAUGUAAAGAACCGUUUCGUGAAGCUUGUGAAGAAGACGAAGAACAAGAAGACUAUGACGAAAUCGACGAAUAUCAGCCAACGAUGUCUGAAGAAAAGGACACGGUUAACCCGUUGAGGAAAACGAGGAAUGGGGUAAGAUUGGAGCAUAAUUUUUCAUUAGUGAGAUCGUUUAAGGCGACACCGAAUAAUAAUAAUAAUAAUCAAGAAUUUGAUCAUACAAGAUGGUUGUUUGAAACACAUGGGACUUAUGGAUUUGGAAACGCAGUUUGGCCAAGAGAAGGGUGUAAUAGAGGUGGAGAGAAAUAUGAGUAUGAAAGUCCACCUAUGUUUAAUGAUAGAAGAAAUAGACCUUUGACUAGAAAAGUUGGAAUUUCUGCUGCCAUUUUAAGCCCUUACAGGUUGCUGAUAGUUAUCAGACUUGUGGCACUUGGUUUAUUUCUAACAUGGAGGAUUUCACAUCCCAACCAUGAUGCAGUCUGGCUGUGGUUGAUGUCUGUAAUCUGUGAAGUCUGGUUUGCAUUUUCAUGGCUACUAGACCAGCUUCCGAAGCUCUGUCCAGUGAACCGAUCAACUGAUCUAACUGUCCUCAAAGAACGGUUUGAACCGACACAAAACAACCCGAAAGGUUUAUCUGAUCUUCCUGGGAUCGAUAUCUUUGUUUCAACUGCUGAUGCUGAGAAAGAACCCCCACUUGUUACUGCCAACACUAUUUUGUCAAUCCUAGCUGUUGAUUAUCCAGUCGAUAAGCUUGCUUGUUACUUAUCUGAUGAUGGUGGGUCACUUGUCACGUUUGAAGCUUUGGCUGAAGCUGCUAGCUUUGCUAGAACAUGGGUUCCUUUUUGUAGGAAACAUGAAAUUGAGCCAAGAAAUCCUGAGGCUUAUUUUUCGCAGAAAGGUGACCCGUUGAAGAAUAAAAGACGGGUUGAUUUUGUUAGGGAGAGACGGAAGGUGAAGCGAGAGUAUGAUGAGUUUAAAGUGAGGAUCAACGCAUUGCCUGAGACGAUUAGAAGAAGAUCAGACGCGUGUAAUGCCCGAGAAGAGCUUUUGGCUAAAAAGAAACAAAUGGAGAUUGGGGGGAAGUUGACUGAAUCUGUUAAGACCCCAAAGGCUACAUGGAUGUCAGAUGGAAAUACUUGGCAUGGGACGUGGUUCUCUGGAGAAGAAGAUCACUCAAGAGGGAACCAUGCGGGUAUUAUUCAGCUUAUGUUAGUUCCACCUGGGCCAGAAUGUACCUAUAAAACAGAAGAAGAUCCUGAAGACUUGAUAGAUACGCGAAACGUUGAUACUCGGCUGCCAAUGCUGGUUUAUGUGUCACGUGAAAAGAGACCAGGGUUUGAUCACAACAAAAAGGCAGGAGCUAUGAAUGCAUUGGUUCGGGCCAGUGCUAUUAUGUCAAACGGGUCAUUCAUACUUAAUCUCGAUUGUGAUCAUUACAUUUAUAACUCGCUGGCUCUAAAAGAAGGAAUGUGUUUCAUGCUGGAUAGAGGUGGUGAUAAGAUCUGCUAUGUUCAAUUCCCUCAAAGAUUCGAGGGGAUUGACCCGAAUGAUAGAUAUGCUAAUCACAACACGGUCUUCUUUGAUGUGAGUAUGAGAGCUUUGGAUGGGCUGCAAGGGCCUAUGUAUGUUGGGACUGGGUGUAUCUUCAGGAGAAUCGCUCUGUAUGGGUUUAGCCCCCCUCGGGCCACAGAGCACCACGGAUGGUUUGGUGGGAAGAAAAUCAAGUUUUCGUUGAGAAAAUUGAAAAAGAACAAAACUGAAGAAGAUACUGAAAUGAUCUUGCCCAUAGUAGAUGAUCAGAACAACAAUGAAGAAGAUGAUGAGCUCAAACAAGCGUUGAUUCCUGAACGUUUUGGGGACUCUACUUAUUUGAUAGACUCGAUAGCAGUGGCUGAAUUUGGAGGGCGGUUGAUUCAUGAGUUACGUGGAAAAGGAAGCCAUGGAAGACCCUCGGGUUCACUUGCUGUCCAACGUGAGCCCAUAGACCGAGCUGCAAUAGAAGAAGCGAUCAAAGUUGUCACAUGUUUCUAUGAAGAUAAAACAGAAUGGGGUAAACGGGUCGGGUGGAUUUAUGGGUCGAUAACUGAAGAUGUUGUGACAGGUUACAGAAUGCAUAACAGAGGUUGGAGAUCAGUUUAUUGUGUUACGAAAAGGGAUGCUUUCCGAGGCACAGCUCCAAUCAACUUAACUGAUAGGUUGAUUCAAGUUCUCAGAUGGGCUACCGGGUCAGUUGAGAUCUUUUUCUCGAGAAACAACGCUCUGUUUGCUAGUCCAAGAAUGAAGUUUCUCCAAAGAAUCGCAUACUUCAACGUCGGAAUGUACCCUUUCACAUCCAUUUUCCUCUUAGCAUAUUGUGUUCUGCCAGCCCUUUCCCUCUUUUCAGGCAAAUUCAUUGUGCAGUCACUAAACAUCACAUUUCUGAUCCUACUUUUGGCCAUCACUAUCACACUAAGCAUGCUUGCUCUCCUUGAAAUCCGAUGGUCAAAAAUCACCCUACACGAUUGGUGGAGAAAUGAGCAGUUUUGGUUAAUAGGUGGCACAAGUGCACAUCCAGUGGCAGUGAUUCAAGGUCUGUUAAAGGUGAUUGCUGGAAUCGAUAUCUCAUUCACAUUAACCUCAAAACCAGCUGCAGCUGAUGACGGUGAAGAUGAAUUUGCUGAGCUGUAUGAGUUCCGGUUCACAAUGCUUAUGAUUCCUCCAGUGACCAUAAUCUUACUUAACGUGGCAGCCAUAGCAGUGGGAGUUUUUAGGACUAUUUACAGCCCGUUUCCAGAAUGGAGCAAGCUUUUGGGAGGGGUGUUCUUUAGCUUUUGGGUGUUGUCUCAUUUGUAUCCAUUUGCAAAGGGGUUGAUGGGCAGGAAAGGGAAGAUAUCCACUAUUGUGUAUCUUUGGGCAAUGCUUAUCUGCAUCGUGGUGUCGUUGAUUUUCCUCUAUGUUCACCCACCAGACGGUAGCCGGGGGCAAAGUUUCUUGAUGAAGUUUAACUUCCCUUGAUCAUCAAAGAUUUCAUUCAUUCAUUCUCAUGCAGUAGUACUAUUCUCUCUACCUUAAUAGUUUUUGUACACUGAAAUGUUUGGGAACCAGGCCAAAUGACACUUUGGCUCAUGGGGGUUCUAGACUAUUAUUAUGUUGGAUUGUUAUUAGUGAUUGUAAUCAGUGGUUUGUUAUUACAUCUUGUAAGAUAUAUUAGUUACUAUGUAUUCUUCUUCAUUACCGCAACAAUGGUAGCGUUCUAUAAAACAGAACAUACAUGUUAGUUACUA